GACCUGCUGAGCCUCAGCUCCCUUCCACCCCCUGGCACCAUGAAUAUCUCCUGCUGCCAGCUCUCUGCACAGCCAGCCCUGCCCAACAGCUCAGAGCACCCCGCAGCCCCAUCCUUGGCCAACCAGAGCAGCAGCGGGUUCUGUGAGCAGGUCUUCAUCAAGCCCGAGGUCUUCCUGGCCCUGGGCAUCGUCAGCCUGCUGGAAAACAUCCUGGUCAUCCUGGCGGUGGCGCACAACAGCAACCUGCACUCACCCAUGUACUUCUUCCUCUGCAGCCUGGCCAUGGCCGACAUGCUGGUGAGCGUGUCCAACGCCCUGGAGACCAUCAUGAUCGCCAUCAUCAACAGUGACUACCUGACCUUGGAGGACCAGUUCAUCCAGCACAUGGACAACGUCUUCGACUCCAUGAUCUGCAUCUCCCUGGUGGCCUCCAUCUGCAACCUGUUGGCCAUUGCCAUCGACAGGUACAUCACCAUCUUCUAUGCACUGCGCUACCACAGCAUCAUGACCGUGAGGAAGGCCCUCGGCCUGAUCGCCGCCAUCUGGGCCAGCUGCGGCGUCUGCGGCGUGCUGUUCAUCGUCUACUCCGAGAGCAAGAUGGUCAUCGUGUGUCUCAUCACCAUGUUCUUCGCCAUGCUGCUGCUCAUGGGCACGCUCUACCUGCACAUGUUCCUCUUCGCCCGGCUGCAUGUCAAGCGCAUCGCUGCCCUGCCGCCCGCCAACGGGGUGGCCCCGCCACAGCACUCGUGCCUGAAGGGGGCCGUCACCAUCACCAUCCUGUUGGGGGUGUUCAUCUCCUGCUGGGCCCCCUUCUUCCUCCACCUUGUCCUCAUCAUCACCUGCCCCACCAACCCCUACUGCAUCUGCUACACUGCCCACUUCAACACUUACCUGGUUCUCAUCAUGUGCAACUCCGUCAUCGACCCCCUCAUCUAUGCCUUCCGGAGCCUAGAGCUGCGCAACACCUUCAAGGAGAUCCUGUGCAGCUGUCAUGGCAUGAGCCUGGGCUAG